UAUUAUUAUUAUUAUUAUUAUUAUUAUUAUUAUUUUGAAAUCACAAAAUAGUUUAUUAUUCAUUAUUAUUAAUUCAGCACGUUUUAUUCUUCCAGACCGAGUGGAUUCAGGAUCUGAAGAUUUAUGGAGUUGAAUUUUAAAAUUUGGAUUUCAGUUUUAAUUCUUUAGACAUUUUAUUUUUGCCGACAUGAACUUCAGCAGCGGAUUUUCGGACAAAGAGCUCACAGCUCUCUCUUCCGUGUACGUCUCCUGUCUCACCUUAAGUGUAAAUGGGAGCUGCUCUGUGUUCAUUGCAUCGAUUGUAAAGAGAAAAAACCUCAAUGAACAGGCGAAGCCUCUAAUCCAGCUGGCUCUUGCAGACCUCUUGGCGUCUCUCUGCCUCAUCGUCACGUCUGUGUUGAACUUUGUGCCGUCUGGAGCAGUGAGGAACAGUGAGGUGUUGUGUAGCGCAGGAUUAGCUCUGUCACUGACGUUUUAUUGCGUCUCUUUCCUCCUCGUCAUUGUUUAUGCCUUUGAGUCAACACACAGCAUUCAGGGAUGGAGGGAGGAAGAUGAGGGAGUGUCAACACGUCAGGACAGCAGCUGGAGGACGAGGACGAGGAGGAAGAUGAUCGAUCUACUGUAUGUACUCGUGUGGCUGUUACCUGUGAUUGGGUAUGUGAUCUACAUCAGAACAGUGUCUUUCCCUCUGACGUCUCUUCAUCCGUUACAUCAAGGCUUCAAGUCUAAACAAAGUGUUUGGCCCAACACUCAAUUCUGCAGCAGAUGCAUCCUUUUCAUCCAACUGCACAUUGAUGAUGAUGAUGAUGAAGGCUGUUCCACUGUGGAUCUAAAACAUAUUAAGUAUAUCAAGAUUUUCACUUUUACAAGUGUGCUGUUUGGCCUCAUCUGCUGUACUCUGAUGUACUGGAGGCUCCAGGUGAGAUUGAGGCGUUAUGAACAGGACGGUGUGAGGAGAGCAGAGAGGAUCUGGUCCUCAGCCAGGUACAUGAUCCUCAUCAUCAUCCUCUGCUGGAGUCCAGCUCUUUUGCUGAUUGGUUUAUCGUUCAUCUUCUCAGAGAUGGACAGAAUGUUUCCUCUCUUCAUUAUACAGGCUGUGUCAGUGUCUCUUCACGGAUUCCUCAACAGCAUUGUCUAUGCCUGGAGACGGCGUAACUUUCGAGAAGCUGUGCUUGGGGAGAGAAUGCCUCUGCUGGCUUACACACACCGAGCUUUCUUUGACCAAUCGCUGUGAAAGGAAACAGAGGACACAGGAAGUGGACAGAAUUCAUUUCAGACAUUCAGAGGCUAAAUAUGUUGAAGAACAACUGAAACAACUCAAGGUACAGAUCAUACAGGAGAGAACUUCUGAGUCCUAGGGUGCCAAAACUUAUUACAGGUGUGUGACAGAUAUUAAAAAUUGACCUGUUAGCAAGUGUAGAUAUCGUAAAUAAAGGAAAAGUUAAUAUAUCUUAUUAUGAGCGUGAACGUGAUUCUAAUAAUCUGCAGCUCAGAAACAGCAGCAUGAGUGACUGAACAUCAGAAACUCCCUCCAUCUGAACACUGAACACUGAACACUGAGCACUGAACACUGAACAGACUGAGUGUUCUAAUUAAAAUGUAAAGUACCUUUUACUGUUUUAGUGGUUAAUAUGUGUUUUAUUCUUUUGCUGUGUAAGAUGUAUUAUAGUUAAUGAGCUUAAAAUAAAGACAUUAAAUUUAACAUGUAUGUUGGCAAUAAAUAAAUAUAUAUAUAUAUAUAUAUAUAUUAGCUUUCUGUGUAUUAUAGUAAAAUUAGAACUGAUUUACUUUCAUUUAUGGAGUAUAUUUUAUAACAUACAGUAAUGUUCUCUUUUUUCUCUUCCUGUAUCUGAACUUUUGUCACUUGUUUUUUUUAUUUUUUAUUUUAUUAAAACAGAAUGUGUGUUAUUUUUUUAAUAAAACACAAGGCACUGUUCACACUGCAGGAUCAU